AAAAGAGUCGUGCACACAGACGCUGAGACGCAUCAUCCUUCUCCCCCACUCAUCCCCAACGACGACGGCGAGCCAUGUCCGCCUCACCCGCCUCGUCGCCCCAGCCGCCGGAGGCCAUCCGCGGAACCCUCAUUCCCGUUCUGCCCGACGACCUGGCGGUCCAGUGCAUCGCGCUCCUCCCGCGCGCCGCGCACCCAACCCUCGCCCUCGUCUCCCGCGCUCUGCACGCCCUCCUCUGCCUCCACCCGGAGCCCCUCCUGGCCGCCCGGUGCCGCCUCCGCCGCUCCGACCCCCACAUCGUCAUCUCGGUCCGGCCGCCCUACUCCGCGUCCCCUCGCUUCUUCCUGCUGCUGCCGCAUCCCGGGUGGCCCCCUCUGCCUCUCCCCUCCCCUCCGAUCCCCGUCUCCUCCUCCUCGGCCGUCGCCGUCAACGGGCACCGGCUCUACCUCGUCGGCGGGUCCGUGGCCGGGAUCCCCGCUUCGUCGGUGCAAAUCCUGGACACCCGCACCAGAUCCUGGUCCAUCGGCCCGCGCCUCUCCUCCCCGCGGGAGUUCGCUGCCGCCGCGGUCCUCUCCGGCGUGCUCUUCGUCGCCGGGGGCUGUGUUCCGUCGUCCCCCUUCUGGGCCGAGGCUCUCGACCUUGCCUCCCCACACGCCAGGUGGUCCACGGUCCCCAGCCCGGACCACCUCCGGGAGAAGUGGAUGCACGGCUGCGUGUCGCUCGCCGGGAAGGUCCUUGCGGUGGCCGACCGCGGAGGCUUGGUCUACAACCCGGCGGCGCCACCUGGCGAGGCGUGGGCGCCCGUCUCCCCGGUCCUUGACAUGGGGUGGAAGGGCCGUGCUGCUGUGGUCGGUGGAAUCCUCUACUCUUACGAUUACAUGGGGCAGGUCAAGGGCUAUGAUCCAGACACUGAUUCCUGGAACACGGUGGAAGGAUUGGAGAAGGAGCUGCCGAGGUUCCUUUGUGGUGCCACGCUUGCCAAUGUCGGCGGACUGCUCUACCUGAUCUGGGAGGGGAAGUGGAAAGGGAAAGCUAGCAAGGGAGAAGGCAAAGUGAAGGACAUGUUGGUGAUUGAAUGGGCUACCAUUGAGGUGACGAGGGCCGAAGAGGGGCGGUUAAGUGGGAAGGUAAUAUCCAGGGAUACUGCUGUGUUCACAGACAUGCCGAGGGGUUCUGCGAUCACACAUUGCAUUUCGUUGGAUCUAUGACAUGGUUGCUGCAGAUGUGAAGCAAGGAGAGCAUGCCUGUUUCAUCAAAAGAUUAAUUGUUGGCUGAGACUCUCAAAAAACUCGGUAUUGUGUGCAGUACAGCUUGACAUUUGCGGGGAAUGCUUUGCUGGAGGUAGGCAUAUGUUCUUAGAGGGAAACAGAGCAAUAAUAAACCUGUCUGGAUGGUACCACGAUUCAAGAUGAGCUUGAUUCUGGCCAUUGUGGGUCAGGUCCUUCUCCUUGAGAGGCAGGAAGCUAGAACUGCGCAACAGGAGGUCUGCGUUGUGAUUCCAUGGUUCUUUCCCUCUGGCUGGAUGUGUUUCUCCCGCAAAAUAGUGUAUGCUAAAAUGAUGUGACACAAGGCAAGCAAGACAGCCAUGUCGCAAGGCUGUAUAUGUUUGGCUUGGGCCAUUUUACAAGCAACGAAGAACUGUCGCUGUGUUGUUUUCUUUGUGGCAGCGUGCAGAAGAAUUCACUGAGAAAGUAAAGCAAGUAAGAAAAAGUUAAGUGAGGUAUUUGGCCAGUUGGAUGGUGCUAUGCUGACGCAUCGUUGUCAUGAACUCUGCCAAGAAAUAUGAUCAGCCGGAGCAGCACAGACAGUAGAAAAACAUCCAUUGGUGCUGCAAAGAAGCUUCGCUUUACAGAGAACAAAGUUAUUUUCACAUUUUUUAACAAAGAAGCUGCAGGCUGCCAAGCAGAUGCACCGAUGUACUUGUGCUCCAUCUCCCCGCCAUCUUUUCUCCGAUGCCGGCGAGGCUAACUUCGGCCUUCAGCCAUUGACAUCGCUGAUACUUACUCCACUUCGAUCACUGGAUGUGUUAAUUGCCAUCGAUGUUUACUUCGAAAUACAUACUUAAGUUUUUUGUUUUUGAAAAAAAUAUGGAGACUUUAUUCAUUUGAUAUAAGAAGUACAUCGUUCAUAAGGAUCA